AUGGACCCACAGCAGCAGUUCUGCCUAAAGUGGAAUAGUUUCGGCAGUAACUUGGCCACGGCUUUUGGAAAUUUGUUCAAAUCAGAAAGCUUGGCGGAUGUCACAUUAUUUUGUGAAGGAGUGACGUUCAAAGCUCAUAAAUUAAUAUUAGCGGCAUGCAGCAAGCACUUCCAAGACCUUUUCGAAGGUGCCCCAUUUAGUCCUUCUGUACUCGUCAUAUUAGACGGAACUUCCUCUUCAAAUAUGUCUGCUCUAUUAGAAUUCAUGUACAAAGGAGAAGUUCACGUAUCUCAGGAACAUCUUUCAAGUUUUCUGAAAGCAGCGGAGUGUCUUCAGGUUAAAGGACUGUCAAUAGAACAUGAAAAACUGGCCAUGGUUCAUACGCAGCAUUCGAGCCCCACGAGUCACGAAAGUCCUUUGGACUCUCCCAACAACCGCACCAAACCAAAACUUUCCUUUCCCAGUAAUGGGGCGUGCAAAGAAGUUACAGAAAACGGACUGAGUCAAGAACAACCUCCACCCUCUCAUUCUUCCUCUUAUUCUCCUGUCCACUCCACGUACAUGCAUCAGCAUCAUUACAGGCCUCCUUACGAACAGAGAGUACCUGCCUCGACACCUGGACCCGGUUAUGACUGUCAUAGAAAGAGACGCCAUCGCAGCCCAAGCGAUCAUCAAGAUUCGGUCGUUCGAGCGUCCGUCCUAAGAGAAGCUUCUAGCAAAGGGGGGAGAUCGGGAGAUUCAGAAAAAUUAUCUCCAAUGUCACUGUCAUAUCGGCCUUCUCCAGAGCCCAAACACGCUUCGGAAGACCUUAAAAAUUACCCGAUGAGUUCACCACAAAAUUUGAUACGGGGAUAUGACGUUAAAUCGGAACCUCGAGGGGAGUUUGGGGGAUCUAUUACUGUUGGUAGUGGGGCAGCCGCCGUCACUUUUGAUAGAACUGCUGGUGUGGACAUUGAUAACAACCAUAAAAUUGUAUCGGAAAAUAGGCACUCUGAUCCGAGUUGCCCGGAAGAUUUGCGUGUUAAAAUGGAACCAUCAAAUUCGUGUGAAGAAGUUCAUUCGAAUGCAAUGUCUUACAAGGAAAUGAGUGUUGACAAAGCACCUGAUAUUGUACAGGUUGGAAGUAUGUGGGAUGCUAGUUCUGCAGUUAAACCAUUGUCAUCACACAAAGGUAAAAAGCUCAAAUGCCCGUUUUGCGAACGACUCUAUGGCUACGAAACAAAUUUAAGAGCCCACAUACGCCAGCGACAUCAAGGUAUUCGUGUGCCGUGUCCAUUUUGCUCACGCACUUUUACUCGUAACAACACGGUGAGGAGACACAUAGCUCGCGAGCACAAGACGGAACUCAGCUUGAAAGCGUUUCAACAAAAUCAAGUUCACAAUCACGCUCAGUAA